GGUUCAUCAGUACCACUGGGGACGGCUCAUCGUUCCGGCCAUAAUGGCAGGCUCAGCCUUCCAACCGCAUUAUCGCUGCUAUUAUGGCCUGAACGAUGAGCCUCUCCCGGGUGGUUCUGAGUGUUACUGGAAUUCAACAUCAAAUAUUUCGAUUCUUCUCUACCUAAAAUCACGAUACAUCUGGUCGUGCAAAAUUGUGUUCCUCGGCGCGAAGAAGUUGCUUGACUAUGGAACGGGGCGACAACCUCUUCUUAUCGGAUGUCAUGUUCGAUCCUGACAUUGACACUUCAAGCGUCCCAUGGAGCGACCUCUCGCUGAGCCCUACGGAGGACGCAUUAUUUGCCGACGUAUACCUGGGCAUGGGUGAAGACGCACUCACUUCAUUUACAAGCUGGGAUUUUCUCACGAUGCAGCCACCGCCGACUACAAACCCUCCCACAGCAACAUUUGCCAGCCCAGAUAAUGGGGAGUCGUCUGAAUGUAUCGAAACUCAAGCAUCCUUACCGAGACUACAGACUCAUGUCUCGUCGGACAUGUUGAGCCCGCAAACGCAUGAGGUGCCGCCAACACAGUGUACCCCUGAACGACCAGCGAACGUAGGGAAUACUCCGAAACGGACAAAGAUGAAGCAUGGCACACGACCGUGUGAUUUAAAAUCACAGAAGACAGAAGCGAAAAGUGGACAAGCCAGAGAAAUGUCACGUCUGCCAAAAGGGGCAUCAGUGGAGGCGUGA